AAUAAGGGCAGCAAAAUAACCAGUUUCUCUCUCAUCGUGCAAUUCAAGAAGAAUGGGAUACGUCCUCAGGUUGAGAUUCGCAUCUUUCUUCGCCGGCGCCGCCGCGGCAUCUGCCGUCGGGCUUUAUGUCCUCCACCACGAUUACAAGGCCGCUCAUCAAUCCCAAUCUCAACAGAUUGAUGGGUUCUACAGAAGUCUAGACAAGCGAAUCUCAGCUUUAGAGAAGUUGAAAGAAGUUGAGGCGGUGUCAAAGCCUGCAGAGUUAACAGAAUGAGAGUUUUUCCAAAUGAAAGGCUGCUGUUGUUACUUACAGAGGCACAGUCAUUGUUGGUUUGGCUACAAGAUAAUGAACUUUUGAUGUAAUCCCAUAUUACAACCUGCUGUUGAUCCUUGAAAUUUUCAAUUAGUAGGUAGUGAUUAUAAAAUUUGACAACUUCUUUCUCACUUUAGAGAUCCAUCUUAGAUUUCUUUCUAUCAAUGGAUUAGAAGAGACUGUUUUCAAUUCUGCAACUGGAAUCUGGAAUAAUGCAACUUUAUGAGUGUGUUUUGAGGUAUUUAUUAUCAUAAAAUAUAUCUUAUUCAAAUCUC